CGAUGCCAAUCAAGUCCGCGCAUUAGGCUCCUGACAUAAGUAACUGUUCAGAAAUAAAAUGAAAUAAAAAAAACCCUUUGUAGAAAAAAAGAAACGCGUUUCUUAUGAAAGUAUACCCUAAUACUUGACAUGCGUGUAAUAUCCGAAAAUCUUGGUUUGGAAGUCGAACUGUCCGGCAGUUUUUAUCGUCCCUCGCUGAGCACGAGCUACAGGUAUGUCGCAUGAGCAGGCGCAAUACUCUGAUCAUCCCGAGCGCACCAUCCAGACACCCCCUCACCCCAUUAUGCAAGACGAGAGAGCGCUCUGACGCGCGCACCCGAUGCGGUACCGGGCGCGCUGUGCAAUCCUUGCUUCAGCUCCACCAUCACAAGUUGUUCCUCCAAUUUGCGCCCUCCCUCACUCACUCCCUCCCUCCCUCCCUCCUUCCUGCAUCAGUUUCUCUCUCCUUUUUCUUCAAGCUCACUUCUAUGACGUCUAAAAAAAAAAAAAAAAAAAACCUUACCGGGAGGGAGGAAACCGCUCUCUUCGUUAUGUUUCUGCAUCUAAGCGAUAUGCUCGCUAACGGGUGCGCUGAAAAAAGACGGCGUCGGCGCUCUGAGGCGCAGCUUUGCCCGGUUACGUGGUUGAGCGUGCAUCGAGGGAACGGACCUGCAUUCUAAGCAAACCUAUAGACAAAAAAAAAAAACGACCCUGCAUUCUUCUCACGUCGUCAGUGCUCCUUUUCCCUUCAACCACAGCGGGAGGAGAGAGGGGGAAGAGCACGGCUCAAUGAGAAACGCACCGAGAGAUAUUUCCAACAAUUUCUAAACUACUGUUUUUCGGUUGUUCUGAAAUUCCUCUGCAGAAGGUGAGUCGCGCGAAUUCAUUCUGGGCUAUUUUGAAUCGCGACGGAUUUAAAAUGCUGGAGGAGGAAAACAAAUACUGACCGAAGUGAAACCUGAAACGGAUUGCACAAUAAUGCAGCUGAUUUCUACUUCGUUGUUUUAUUAAUGAAUGUAUUUUUGUUUUCGUAGUCUGAUGCCGUCAAAUCUGAUAGAGGAAUGUGGCUUGCACGCGACAGUACAAUUGACAGCAAGAAUUUCAAAUCGAAUAAUUCGAGCUCUUGUUUUCGGGCUUCCUAAGAUUUCAACAUCUUCAACAGAUAUAUCCAUAUAUGUAUAUAUUUUCUUCCUUUGGAUUUUUUUUUCCUCAACCACGCGCACCGCGUUCUCCGGUUUGAAUGCGAAUGCCUCGGUGUUCCACUGGCUUUGCUCCUAAGAUCGGUUGACAUUCCUUCGCCUGCACAGGCAGCGGACUGAAGUCACCCCGGACCGCCUUGUCUGUCCUCUCCGGAAAGCUAUGUGAAGUUGGACCACAAUAAAAACAAUGCUGUGAAGUAGCCUCGGGCUGUAACUUCAUCAGAUCUUGGAAUUAAGGAUGCUGUGGAUAACCCUCUUAAGCACAAUAGCUUUGGGAUGGACUACGCCGAUCCCCUUGCUGGAGGACUCGGAGGAGAUCGACGAGCCGUGCUUCGAGCCCUGCCACUGCGAGGUCAGGGAGAGCCUGUUUCACAUCCACUGCGACGGCCGAGGCUUCACCAACGUCAGCCAGGUCUCCCAGUCCUGGACCAGGCCCUUCAAGCUGUACCUGCAGCGGAACUCCAUGAGGAAGCUCUACUUCAACAGCUUCCUCCACCUCAACAGCGCGGUGGCCAUCAACCUGGGCAACAACGCGCUGCUGGACGUGCAGGCGGGCGCCUUCAACGGCCUGGGCCGCCUGAAGAGGCUCUACCUGCACGAGAACAAGCUGGAGGUGUUCCGCAACGACACCUUCUCCGGCCUGGAGGGCCUGGAGUACCUGCAGGCCGACUACAACGUCAUCAGGAGGAUCGAGAGCGGGGCGUUCCGCAGCCUGCACAAGCUGCGGGUGCUGAUCCUCAACGACAACCUGAUCCCGGCGCUGCCCAGCUUCCUGUUCCGCGCGGUGUCGCUGACGCACCUGGACCUGCGGGGCAACCGGCUGAAGCUGCUGGCCUACCGGGGCACGCUGGAGUACGUGGGCCGCGGCCUGAUGGAGAUCCAGCUGGAGGAGAACCCGUGGAACUGCGCCUGCGACAUCGUGCAGCUCAAGGCCUGGCUGGAGCGGGUGCCCUACACGGCGCUGGUGGGCGAGAUCACCUGCGAGUACCCCUUCCACCUGCACGGCAAGGACCUGCGGGAGAUCGGCCGGGCCGAGCUCUGCCCGCAGCUGUCCGCCGAGGAGGUGGAGGCCAGCCUGGGCAUCCCCCGGCUCCACGCCGGCAAGGACAGGACGUGGCCCACCAAGCCGUCCUCCAUGCUGUCCUCCAACCACAACACGGCCUCCUCCGUGGAGAACAAGGAGCGCCACCUCAAGCCCACCAGGCGUCCCCGGCCGCCGAAAGCUUCGCCCACUCCCCGUAGCGCCUACCCCGGCCCCAACCAGCCCCCGAUCGCGGGCUACCAGACCAGGCCCCCCAUACCCAUCAUCUGCCCGACGGAGUGUGCCUGCAGCCUGCACAUCAACGACCUGGGGCUGACCGUCAACUGCAAGGAGAAGGGCUUCCGCAACAUCUCCGAGCUCCUGCCCAGGCCGCUCAACGCCAAGAAGCUCUACCUGAGCGGCAACCUGAUCCAGAAGAUCUACCGCUCCGACUUCUGGAACUUCUCCAGCCUGGACCUCCUGCACCUGGGCAGCAACCGGAUAUCCUACGUCCAGGAGGGGGCCUUCGUCAACCUGCCCAACCUGAGGAGCCUCUACCUGAACGGCAACGACAUCGAGAGGCUGACGCCCGGGAUGUUCCGUGGGCUGCAGAGCCUGCGCUACCUGUACUUCGAGUACAACGUGAUCAGGGAGAUCCAGCCGGCCACCUUCGGCCUCAUGCCCGUCCUGCAGCUGGUCUUCCUCAACAACAACCUCUUACGAACCUUGCCCGUUGGGGCCUUUUCGGGCACCCAGCUGGCCCGCCUCAACCUGCGGAACAACUACUUCCUCCACCUGCCGGUGAGCGGGGUUCUGGAGCACCUGCAGGCCGUGGUCCAGAUCGACCUGCACCAGAACCCCUGGGACUGCUCGUGCGACAUCGUCCCGCUGAAGCAGUGGCUGGAGAAGCUGAGCUCCGUCAUCGUGGUGGGGGAGGUGGUGUGCAGGACCCCGGAGUCCGCCGCGGGGAAGGACCUGCGCUCCCUGGACCUGGCGCUGCUCUGCCCCGAGCUCAAGCGCUCGGCCCCGCCCUCGGACAACACCGCCGCGGCCGCCCCCCCGGACGGGGUCGUCGCCCCCGGCAACGCCGGGUCGUCGGGCUUCGCCCCGGCCAGGGGCGUGAUCCCGCUCUCCGUCCUCAUCCUCAGCCUCCUGGUGCUGGUGGUGUCGGCGGUCUUCGCGGCCGCCGCGCUCUUCGCCCACGUGCUGAAGAGGCGCGAGAAGCUGCCCUUCAGGAAGCGCGGGGAGGCAGAGCUGGAGGGCAUCCACAUGGAGUGCGGGAUAUUCGAGGGGGGCGGCAGGGAGCCCCUGGAGGGUUCCCCCGAGAAGCCCCCGGGACACGUCUACGACUACGUGCCCCACCCCGUGGCGCACAUGUGCAGCAACCCCAUCUACAAGGUGCGCGACGCGGACAUGGAGCAGCAGGCCCAGCAGCAGCGGCAGCAGCAGCAGGAGCAGGAGCAGCCGCUGCAGAAGCCGUUUCCAGAGACUAAAGAGAGCGGCGGCGGCGGCGGCGGCAGCUAUCGAACGCUGCGGGAGAAGGAGAAGGAGUGGACCAUGGCGGUCACCAACUCCCAGCUCAACACCAUCGUGGCCAUCAGUCCCGGUGGGGGCGUGGUGGGCUUUCACGAGAACGGGUUGCUCUGCCCGACCGUGAUUGACAGCCAGGGCCCCACCCCGACCUUGGGCUACGUGGAGAGCUUGUACACCGUCCCCAGGCUAAAGGACCUGCACGUCGCGUACCCCCACCACCAGGGGGCGCACUAUUCCGAAGCGCAGCAGGACGCGAGGCUAAAGCAGCAGACGAUCUUGUUCGCUCCGGAGGCGGGGCUGGGGGCGGGGCCGGGGGCGGGGAAAGGAUUUUCGGACCAAUCCCAAAGCGAGUACCUUGACUUAAGGGCGCAGCUUCAAACCAAGCCGGAUUACCUCGAGGUCCUGGAGAAAUCUUACCGAUUCUGACCACAGAAAACAACCCCCGGCCCCCCAGGUCCCUGUUUCUUCCCUUACCUUCCAAAAAACAACGAAAAACAACAGAAUAAAAAAGGGGCAGCACGAUUAAAUGAUUAAAAAAAAGUGUAUUUAAAAUGUCUCUCUCCUUCCCCCAGUCCUGCCCACCACUGAGUUACUUUGGAAGGAGGUCCAUACUCAGAUAUUAAUAAAGUGCCUUCUACAGAGUAGCCAGCAAUGUUCAAUCAAUACUUAUUUUUGUACAGCGCAGAUUUGUUUAUUUAGGAGCCAUUCGAACAUAAACCAGGGGGCCUAGAACGGGAAGAGGACGGGGUGGGGGGGUGGGUGGGUGGGGGGGGGGGGGGUGGACGGGUGGACGGGGGGCUGGAAUUCUGGCUGUGCUGAGGGACGGGCGAGGACCAGGAUGUGUCCCGAAUUCUUACGCACAGUUAGUUACCCCCCCUUGCUC